UUUGGAAACGUUCAAAAAUCAAGGCUUCUCUUCCGUUGCAUCGUGACCGUCAAUACCUGAACGUGAGUCCACCGACCUAAGACGAACGGUCCACAAAAACUCAGGAGAUUAGUAAAAUUUAAAUGGCGUUAUUUACAGAAAAGAGAAAAUGUUGGAAAUAGCGGGAAUAUGGCGGACGGUUGCUUGGGACCCUAUUUCUGUAAACCCCCUAAGCCUUCUCCUAUUCCUCUGUUUCUUCUCCAAAUCCCAAAAUUACCGCUCCAUUUCCCCUCUAAACCCAUGGCUGCCCAUUGCCAUUGCAUCUCUAACCCUCGACCUUACCAGCCCUCCUUACUUGUCUUCUCAGGUGGUACGGCAUUUAAUGGCGUUGUAGAAGAGCUUAAGAAGUUAACAGUGCGCGUUGCUCAUGUUCUUCCAGUUUCUGAUGAUGGAGGAAGUACAGCCGAGAUUGUUCGCGUGCUCGGUGGUCCUGCUGUUGGGGACAUACGGUCAAGAUGUUUGAGAUUGGCUGAUCAAAGCACUUCCGAGGCUCUGGCUGUCCGAAGAUUGCUUGGUCAUCGUUUGCCUAUUAAUCCACAACAAGCCAAGUCAGAAUGGUAUGAAGUUGUGGAAGGAGAACAUUCACUAUGGGAAGGUGUAUCAAAACCAUACAGAGAAACAAUUCGAUCUUUUCUGGCUUAUUUUCAGAAUGAGAUUCUGAGGAGGCCUAAUGAAUCAUUUUGUUUCAGUAAUGGCAGCAUUGGAAAUUUUUUCUUUGCAGGAGCACGAGUAUUUUUUCAGUCUUUAGAUGCUGCAAUUUUUUUGUUUUCACGUGUUUCAGAUAUUCCUGCUGAAAGUUUGGUCCUCCCAGUCAUUUCAACCAAUGACAGGCUUACGUUAGGAUGUGAAUUAUGGGAUGGGACAAUUGUACGAGGUCAGAAUGAAAUUUCUCAUCCAGCUUAUGGAUCCAUAGGACCUGUAGAUAAGGGAAGAUCAUCAGUUCCAGCCCUUCCUUCAAGAAUAAAAAGGGUAUUCUACAUGUCAAGUGAGGGUACGAAUUCACUACAUGAGGUCUUUCCCACAGUAAACCCAGCUGUUCUGGAUCAGUUGUCAAAUGUGGACUGCAUUGUUUAUGCUAUGGGCUCUCUCUUCACUUCCCUCUGCCCAUCACUGGUCUUACUUGGCAUUGGGGAGGUCAUUUCUUCUAGGUCCUGUCCUAAGGUACUUCUGUUGAAUGGUACUCAUGAUCGAGAGACAAGUGGCUUCUCUGCAUCUUCCUUUGUAAUUGCCAUUACAGAUGCUCUGAAUCGAACGUAUGGAGAUUCUCAUAAUUGUUUGAAACACUUUCCAAGUCAGUACAUUAAUACACUUUUGGUGCCCAAAGAUGGUGAAAUUCCUAUAGAUGAUCAAAUCUUGCGUUCCCAAGGAAUCUUUGACGUGGUCAUCGUUGACUCCAUACGUGACCCAAAAGUGGGCAUAAUCUUUGAUCCAGUGUCAUUGAUAAAUGCUCUUGGCAAUGUGGUGAGCAGAUAUAUGAGGACAAAGGAUUAAGAACAAGGAUUGGUUUCAGCAAGAGCAAAAUAUUUUUGUAUGGUACCAAAUUCUUCUAUCAGAUUUAUCUUAUGAGGUAGAAAUCUUCCAGUUAAGGCAUAUGUUGUGAUAUAGUAAUUGGUAAUUCUAAAUCAGUUGAACUAUUUAUGGCACUAUGCUCAUCAGAGGAAAACAUAUGAUGCCAUAUAAUCUGUACAGGAUUAAUGUUGUACCCAAGAAUUUUCAAGUUAGAUUGUAGUUUCUGGGAAGCUUGCAGUAUGUCAUUUAUGUGUUCCAACUCAUUUGCAAGUAAUUGAUAUAUUUUGUAAUUUCUGCUCCGAAUUUUGAGUUGUCCUUUGUGGAUAUGAACUCUCACCGUGUUCUUGGAGUCGGACAUUAAUCUGAUUAGCACGGCUUCCAUUGCCAGUUUUACGAAGACCUCAAGUUGACCAU